AUUCAAACUUUAACUCAUUAUUCCCGAUAUAUUUCCGGCGUAUAGAGACUGAAAUUAUUAUGACGCACACGGUGUUGUCUGAUUAAGUGAACUAAAGUGUCCGAUGUGAACUGCUUAAGUGUCUGUCCCCCAUUUAAAAUGGUUUAAUAAAUAUCGAACUGCCCUGAAAGUCUGUUGAGAAUUCGAUUUUGGUCGAUUUGAAAUUAUCUGUAGAGACUUACCUAAAAUGUACUCGCCUGAUAAAAUGAUGGGAGUUAAGGGUCCUACGGGACUUCAUGGGCCUAUUACGUCAUCGGGGGCUUGUUUCGCUGGGAGGUACUCGCCUACUUAUAGAAGUCCGGAUCCUAUGUCUAGGAGGUGUAUGCCCAAUCCGUCGAGCCGAAUAUUAGAAGAUGCGUCAAUAAUGUGCAAUUCGUGGUCUCCCAGGCAUAAUGGUGACAUUUUCUCCGGACUGAACGAUGGACUGAUUAGUAGGGCGGAGGCGCUGGCGGCAGUGGACAUUAAGCAUCAAGGGUCGGGUGGUCCCGGUGGACUACCCCAACUAAAACACGACAUGAUGUACCAUCAUAGUAUGACCGCUCCACCACCAAAUUAUGACAGACCCUACAGCCCGUUUUUCAUAAGAAUGGGUCACAUGGACGGCCUGGAAAUGCUCGACCCCAUUACGUCAUCCUCGAUGACCACCUUAACUCCCAUGUCAGAAACCCCAUCGCACAUGCACUCCGCAUAUGGAACCAACCACUUUAUGAACCAUCACCACCAUGGGGGACCACUGAGUGGCCACGGAGCACCUGGUCAUCAUCCAGGUCAUGGGGGUCAUCCGGGAGCCCAUCAUCCGUCAGCCAUGGCAGCUGCGGCUGCGGCUGCAGCUGUAGCUGGUCUACAUCCGGAUGCUGAUACUGACCCCAGAGAGCUGGAAGCUUUUGCUGAAAGAUUCAAACAGCGCCGCAUCAAACUGGGCGUGACCCAAGCGGACGUCGGCAAAGCGCUGGCGAAUCUCAAACUACCCGGCGUAGGCGCUCUCUCUCAAUCGACCAUAUGCCGUUUCGAGUCUCUCACUCUCUCCCACAACAACAUGAUCGCCCUCAAACCGAUUCUACAAGCGUGGCUCGAGGAGGCCGAGGCCCAAGCGAAGAAUAAACGGCGCGAUCCGGACGCGCCGAGCGUUUUACCCGCGGGCGAGAAAAAACGCAAAAGGACUUCGAUCGCGGCACCGGAGAAACGCAGCCUGGAGGCGUAUUUCGCGGUGCAACCGCGUCCGAGCGGCGAGAAAAUCGCCGCGAUCGCCGAAAAGUUGGAUUUGAAAAAGAAUGUGGUGCGCGUGUGGUUUUGCAAUCAGCGACAGAAGCAGAAGAGGAUGAAGUUCGCGGCGCAGCACUGACCAGAAGUUAAUUUCGGGUUUUAGAUUUAAGUUCAGCUGGUAAGGGUUGAAAUGAUUGGAUUUUUUUUUAUUAGACAUCCUUUACAGGGUGUUACAAAAUUAUGUGCAAAUAUUUUAAGAGCGUAUUGUUGGAAUCAAAAUAAUGCUUUUUUUUCCCUAUCAACAUGUAUCCUAAAAUACAUCCCUCAGAGCUACACCCCGCGCAAAUUGCUUGAAGAAAAUCGAUUAUUUGGAACCGCGACUACAGUUAACAACAAAUGUCCAGAAAAUUUGCAAGUCGCCGUUUUUUAGUGCGCUUUUCAUUUUCCGUGAUAAAAAUGGUGUAUAUACAAUUUUAGGGGUAGAUUCAGCGAGGCUUACACUUCUGAUAGCCCCUAUCUUAUGUUUGCAAUAAUAAAUUUAAAAAUCUAGCAACAUCAUCUUCCCAAUUAGCUAUUUUUCGACGCUACAACGUUGCAAAUUGCAACGUAACGUUGCAUUGUUACGUUGUCUUAACCGUAGAGACAACAUCGUUUUACAUCAAUUUGAAAGAGAUUUUUUUUGGUUGUCUCAACGCUACGCAGUGACUACCCGUUAACUUUCUAAAAGCUUUUGCAACGUUUUUAGAGUUACUGAUUUUUGGACGGAUGGACGCCAUAACGACAGAAAAAU